AUGGAUCAUGAACUUGAACAACAUGCAUAUGGGAUUGUAUGGAAGGCGAAAUACAGGAGGCGUGACAUGACUGUAGCUCUCAAGAAGAUUUACGAUGCAUUUCGAAAUAAGACUGAUGCUCAAAGAACAUUUCGAGAAAUAAUAUUCCUUAAAGAGUUCUCUGGUCAUCCUAAUAUUAUUAAAUUAUUGGGCUUGCUUAAGGCGCAAAAUGAUAAAGAUAUUUAUCUCAUCUUCGAGUAUAUGGGUAAGCCAUCCAACGUCUUGGUUGAUUCAGACUGCAACGUUAAGGUCUGCGAUUUCGGAUUGACUCGUUCGCUAGCCCGACUAAAUGGGCAUAAGGACCAAGAAAUGGACAAUCCGGAGCUGACGGAAUAUGUAGCCACUCGAUGGUAUAGGGCUCCAGAAAUCCUUCUUUCUUCCACUCAUUAUACAAAGGGGGUCGAUAUGUGGUCCGUCGGCUGCAUUAUGGCUGAAAUGUUCAUUGGGAAAGCUCUUUUUCCUGGAUCGUCUACUUUGAAUCAACUGGAAAGGAUAUUAUCGGUUGGACCCAAACCAACCCGAGAAGAUGUCGAGUGUCUUCGUUCCGAGUAUGGAGCCUCAAUCUUGGAGCAACCAACUACAGUCCGACGACGUCUGGAAGACGUGAUCACUCCAAUUCCCGAAUCAAGUGCUCUCGACUUGGUGCGACAUUUUCUCCACUUAAAUCCCAACAAACGACUCACUGCAACUCAAGCCCUUGAACAACCCUACGUUGCGCAAAAACUCCAAAAUACAUAA